AUGUUUUCAAUAGGAUCAUUCCUUCCACAAGUGAAGAAUGCUACAAGCAACAAAGCUCCAGAACAGGAACAAAAACAGGUUGUGCUGGCUGCCCCUGUCCCAGAAAAAUCAAGCUCCAGAGAUUAUACAAUGAUCUUGAGAAAUGGUGCUAACGACCAAAGAGAUAUACAAUCAAGUCUAGAUGACGUGAUACCCUUGAGACAACGCCAGAGAAAUAUCUCUUUAGCAAUGCCAUCUGAGGAAGAAGUCAGGGCCACCACUGAAAGAACUCGUAAAGCACUAGAUAAGGUGCUUCAAGAGAAACUAGGUAAAGGUGCCAUAAAUUCAAAAGAUCAAAAAAAGGCUUCCUAUGUCAGGUACACUUCUUCAAAUAUCUUGGAUGAUAAACCAUCGUCGUCCAGAAUCAUCAAGAUUGUUGAUGUUCAAGAAGAUCCAAUGGCUCCAAAGAAAUUUAAACAAAAGAAACAAAUGGCUAGACCAUCAUCUCCACCAGCUCCUGUAUUACAUGCUCCUACAAGAAAGGCAACUGCAGAAGAACAAAAACAAUGGUAUAUCCCACCUGCAAUUUCAAAUUGGAAAAAUCCAAAUGGGUUCACGAUUUCAUUAGACAAGAGAUUAGCAGUUGAUGGUAGAGACCCAAACCGUGAUAAUACUGAAGGAGAUGUUAAUAAAAAUUUUAUUGACUUGGCAAAUGCUUUAGAUGAAGCAGAUAAAAAGGCAAGAGAAGAUAUCAAAAUAAGGAAUGCAUUAAGAAAGAAAUUAGCAGAAAAGGAAAAUAGAGAAAAAGAGGAAAAAUUACGUUCAUUGGCUCAAAAAGCAAGGGAAGAGAAAAUGGGUGGAUCAAGUAAUUUGGAAUAUGAAAAUGAUGAUGCAAGAAAAAGAGCAAUGAUUAGAGAGGAAAGAAGAAAGAAGGCAGAAAAGGAAUUGAGAAUGUCAAGAAUGGGUAAUGAACAAAGAAUGAAAACAAUGCUUAAAUCUUUGGGUGAUCGUGAUGUUUCCGAAAGAACUCAAUUAGGUUUAGCUAAAGCUACAAAUUCUGCAGAAAAUCAAUUCGAUUCAAGACUUUUCUCAAAAUCAACACAAGUUACAAAUAGUGAAGAUCAAGUUUAUGAUAACCCAUUAUUUGUUCAGCAGGCAGUCAAUAGUAUUUAUAAAGUUUCAGAGUCCAAUCUUGAUAAUGAUCCAGAUGCUCAACUAGAAGAUAUGCAAAAUGAGAAAAGAUUUGACACUUUAUCAACUUCAAAACCAUCUGGACCUGUUGAAUUCCAUAAAGAUGAUUCAAAUUUCCAAUCCUCUAAAGUUGAUGAAUCAGAGUAUGGUUUACAGGUUAAAAGACAAAAAAGAUGA